UCUAACAAGGAAAUUUGAAAUAAUUUAUAACGAGAAAUGAGAAAAGAAGCAAUAGUCCUUUCAGCAUCAAAAAGAGAACACAUACCCAUAAUAAGCUACUUUUCUCUUGAUGGAUGCUGAUCAUGAUGGCUCCACUAUCUCCAUAACCUAAUCCCUUGUAGCAUUAUGUAUAUAAAUAGCCGCAUUGAGAUCUUAUUGUAAUAUCACAAACCUCACACAACUAUCCCCUCUUCAUUCCAGUUCUCUUACAUAACAAGAACCACAAAGAGAAUCUGUUUCAAACUGAGUAGAGUAUAAGCUUUGACAUUUAUCAAUGGAAGGUAAAGGACGAGUUGUAUCAUCAACUUCUUCUUCUUUAACCACCGAACUCUUCGGCUCCAAAGAUCCUUCGCCGCCAUCUUCUUCCUCUGGAAUCUUCUCCUCCAUUUUCCCUCAUCCCUCCAAGGGCGUUGCAAGAGAUGGUCAAAGCUCCAAACAUGGCUCACAAGCUCAACGUAGAGAAUAUUCAAAUGCGCAAGACAGAGUUGAGCCAUGCAAUCUAAGCUCUUCUCUAUACUACGGUGGUCAAGACGUAUACCCUCCGUCCACCACCAACCAAACUUACCAUACAGUAAAAAACGAGCGUCCAAGAAACGAAGCAAACGAUGCUAAUGGACAGAACUCGCAAGAUGUUUCAAGAGGAAACUGGUGGCAAGGUUCUCUUUAUUACUAAAGAACCACCAGCUUCUUUAGUUUCUUUGUAAAUCUCUUCAGAAACACAUGAAGCUCAAGCCAAGUACUAAUCACAUCUACCCAACCAAGACUUUGUAUAAAUAAGUUAAUGCAGAACAAAGGAUAAUAUGAAAAAAAAAUGUAUAAGUAUUUACUCUGCUUUUCUCUUUCUCAUGUAAGUUGUAACAAAAAUAUGAAAUAUAUAACAUGUUUUUUUUUUGUAAAAAUAUACUUUAUAUAACAUGUUAACAUACGCAAUCGCGUGAUCAAAC